UUUAGCAGACUUCUUUACGAUAGUUUCCUUCUUUUCCGCCAGGUCACAGUUCCAGUGAGUCGAAAAAGUUAAAUAUCCUCGUAAUUUCGUGGAUAUUUACACUAAUUCCGACUGAAACAUGAAAAUCUGGACAUCUGAACAUAUCUUUUGUCACCCAUGGGAAACUGUGGCCCAAGCUUCAUGGAGGAAGUAUCCAAAUCCCAUGAAUCCAAACGUGGUGGCCAUUGAUGUCCUUGAAAGAGAUGUGCAAAAUGGAAUUCUACAUUCUAGAAGAUUAUUAAGUUCCAAGUGGGUUUUUCCAGGAUGGGCCAGAAAGAUUUUAGGUAGUGAAAGGAUCUGUUUUGCCAAAGAGAAUUCAACUGUGGACCCAACUAACAGAAUCAUGACCCUUUUUACCCAAAAUUUGACAUUCUGUCAUUUGAUGUCAAUUGAUGAACGUCUAAGUUAUACUGCACAUCCUGACGACCCUUCUAAAACAUUGCUCACUCAAGAAGCAGUAGUCACAGUUAGAGGAAUUCCACUUUCAUCAUAUUUAGAGGGUUUUUUAACAAAUACCAUAUCUUUAAAUGCCAACAAGGGACGACAGGCUAUGGAAUGGGUUAUUGGAAAAUUGAAUGCUGAGGUUCAUGAUCUUACAACCACUGCGGCCAAGAAUUUACACGUUUUGACAUCUCCGCCGACGGUUCAAGCAUCCAGUCUGCCAGAAUGCUAGCAUCAGCUUCAAUUUAGUCCAAGUAAAAAAAAGAUAUGUUCAAUGAAAUGUCUCAAUAGAUCCGCUAUUAUGAGAAUUCAAAGCAAGCAGAUCCGAAGUUAGCACUAUUUUCGAUUACAUUCGCGCAUUUUUACAGAUCAAUCUAUGAGAGUUGUAAACAUGUUGUAAGGGUUUUCUUUGGUUACAUUAAUAUCGUUGGUAACUGGAUGGGUGCAUUGUAAUACAAACUGUAAAUAGGUUUGAA